AUGGUAAGGCGGUCCAUUCAAUGCCUGAUCUUGUGUGCCCCACAACUCUGCAAUACGUCAAAGAGCGGCACGAAUUCCUGGAUUACCAGACCUCUUCCUCGCAUUCAUGGCCCCGAACCAAGCGGUGGGAGGUGUGUCCCGGUCGAAUGGAUUGACCCAGAUCUGCGGUCUCACCAGUUGUGUCGCACAAACCAGCUAUGCAAGUUUAGAACAUUUUCGCGCCCCAUUGCCUUAUCAGCAUCUUGUCCGCUCAGAAAAGAGUUCUCUGCAUGGCUCUCUUGUUCGACUGGCUUUGCGACACCAAAGGAUGAAACCCCGCUGUGGUGCAUCUCCUCAAUGCCUUCACAACGGCUCAAUCACCCGAGUCCCCUCGCCACCGCUGGCACAGCUUCAUUAGUGAUUACUAUUCUAAGCCGUGUUCUAAAAGCUCACACCAUUCAUGUCCAUCCUGAAUUCGUCGUGGGUGACGAGGUUCCAGCCAGAACAUGGCCGUGUUGUCAAUGCUUCCCUUAA